GGAUGUCAAUAGCUAGGGGGCAAAUAACAGGGGGAAAGUGGUUCUCUCCCUGUGCUCCUUGUGCCCUCCUUGGUAGCAUCUGCUUGUGGCCACUGUGGGAAGCCAAACGUUGGGUCGCACGGAUUCUUGGACUGAUCUGAAAGUGUAGUUCUUAUAGGUUUGAUUGUUCCUCUGUCGGAUCCUAGUAUGUGGAAAGAGCACAGCAAAGUGUCAGGCCAGCAGCGGACUCCUGUUGAUCGAGAGCGGGGAGGCAAGCCGGAGCGACGUUUUUCCAGGGCGGGCUGCCCUCUGUGACAUGUGACAACCCCUUCCCUGCCACGGGACACGGCAGUGGUCUAGAAGCAUUGCGGUGAGUGCCAUGCCGGUGGAGACCCUCCAAGCCAGCCACGCCAUGAAAGGCGUCCCGGCCGCUGCCCCCUUCACCUCGGCCAUGCCGUUCCGAAUCCUGAACAAGGGCCCAGAGUACUUCCGUCGGCCGGCAGCCGGCGCUGCCGCCAAGAAGCCCAGCGCGGUGGAGAGGCUGGAAGCGGACAAGGCCAAGUAUGUCAAGAGCCAGCAGGUGGCCAGCACGAGACAGGAGCCGGUGAGGGCUCUGUUCCUCAAGCAGCCCCUCUUCACCCCAGGGGUGCGACGGGUGAUGCUCACCCCCAGCCGGAAGACCCCGCAAGGAGGACGCCGGGCGGAGGCGCGUGGGGCCGCCAAGACCUCCCUGAACCUGGAGAUCCUCAACAACCUGAUCAACUUCUGCGACAGCCCGUUGUCGUUCCCCAAGCCGGAGAAGAGCCCCGCAGAGCACAAGUGGGGGCCAGGGGGCCAGGGCUGGAGCCCCGGGAGCCUCCCGGAUACCCCAAGGAAGAAGGGCCACCCGGUGGAAGGCAUGAGCAAGCUGUCCCAAAGCUCGGCCUCCUCCAAGCCGCCCAGCACAGUCGCCGUGCGCAGGGUGGACGUCCGGCCCUGCGGGGCCUUGAGGGCGAGGGUCGUCCCCAGCAUCCAGCUGACGCCGGUCCCCUCCUCCCCUGCGCAGGCCAAGAUCCUGUCCGCUGGCCCCCUGGGCUCCCCCAGCCCCCGCGGCGAGCUGCGGACAGACAGCGCCAGGCGCCAGACCUUGCUACACCGCUCCAAAUCAGACCUGAGCGACCGGUACUCCCGGGCGACGGCGGACCUUGAGCGCUUCUUCAACUACUGUGGCCUUGACCCGGAGGACAUGGGGGACGUGGAGGUGGAGCGCUUCACCCGGGCCAGUUCGGACAUUGUGUCCGUCAAGUUCCACAGCGUUAGCACGGCCAGCUCGGAGGGCACCCGCUCUCGCCGCAGCGCCAUCACCUUGGAGGAGAGGCAGGCCGAGCGCAUUCCUUACGGCAUCUCCAUCAUUGAGCGCAACGCCCGGGUCAUCAAGUGGCUGUAUGGACUACGGCAAGCCAGAGAGUCCCAAACGGUAUCCAACGUAUAGGGGUACUUUGGCGGGCUCCAACAGGAAGCGAGGAAAACAAACAAACAAACUUUCCCCACCCCA